GCUGCUCCUGGCCAAUGGAGGCGGCGGCGGCGGCGGCGACAGCGGAAGGGGAGGCGCUGAGGGGGCGAGGCCCACAGCCAUGGCGGAGCUCGUGCGUGAGGAACUCUCGGCCUUGGCCGCGAUUUUCUGCGGGCCCCACGAGUUGGAGGUGCUGAGCCGCUCAGAGACAGAUGGGACCGUGUUCAGAAUUCACACAGAAGCUGAAGGAUUUAUGGAUGCGGAUAUACCUCUGGAAUUGGUGUUCCAUUUGCCAGUCAAUUAUCCUUCAUGUCUACCUGGUAUCUCAGUUAACUCUGAACGGUUGACCAGGGCCCAGUGUGUGACUGUGAAAGAGAAGUUACUUGAGCAAGCAGAGAGCCUUAUGUCGGAGCCUAUGGUUCAUGAGCUGGUUCUCUGGAUUCAGCAGAAUCUUAGGCAUAUCCUCAACCAACCAGAAACUGGCAGUAGCAAUGAAAAGUGUACUUUUUCAACAAGCACGACCAUGGAUGAUGGAUUGUGGAUAACUCUUUUGCAUUUAGAUCACAUGAGAGCGAAGACUAAAUAUGUCAAAACUGUGGAGAAGUGGGCUUCAGAUUUAAGGCUGACAGGAAGACUGAUGUUCAUGGGUAAAAUAAUACUGAUUUUACUACAGGGAGACAGAAACAACCUCAAGGAGUACCUGAUUCUUCAGAAAACCUCCAAAGUAGAUGUGGACUCAAGUGGAAAGAAAUGCAAAGAGAAAAUGAUUAGUGUGCUGUUUGAAACAAAAGUACAGACAGAACACAAAAGGUUUCUGGCAUUUGAAGUCAAAGAGUAUUCAGCGUUGGAUGAAUUACAAAAGGAAUUUGAAACUGCAGGACUUAAGAAGCUUUUCUCCGAAUUUGUACUUGCGCUGGUAAAAUGAAAUGGAAGACAGGAAUCUUUUAGUAAAAUAGCAGUGUUUUUUGUUGUUUUUGCAUUGGAUUUUGGGAGUGGUUAAUUGAAAUAGUCACCAGGGAGCAAUUUUAGUUUCUCUGAAGCAAAAUGAUAGGCAUCAUUCUAACUUCAGGAACAAAAGCCAGUUCUGUUUUAUGAAAUAUUAAACAUGAAGAAAACUUGUAUAUUCUAAUGUUUGCCAGGAAAGACUAGGUUCAGUAGAUGAGACAUUAUUUAAAAGACACAUUGAAAAACACGGUAAAUGAACACUUGUUUUUAUAGACAAUAUUUGUUUGGAACUAUGUAAUUUUCUGGCUGAUUUUCUUGUAAUUAGAUGAUUUUUUAAAAAGAGAUUUGUUUUCAUGUUUACUUUUUUUAUGUUUAUAUUUUUAGCAUUUGAUCACCAUUUUCCACCAUCCAGCUUAUGUCUAAUGUUUUAAUAAAUGUUAAGAAAAAUAUAA